AGCACAUGCUUUUAUUCGCAGGGGCAGCAGCAGCAGCAGCAGCAGCAGCUCACCCCCCUGAAAAGUGGGCAUUCGUUUGAUUCGGUGCCUGACAACGUCCCCUUCAGCUCAACCAAGUGCCAUCAAAGGCAGGAGAUCCAGAAAUAUUGACAUGCACGUAGCUCUUUGUUCUUUUACAGCCUCAUGACCAUGGCUACGGCCACCAUUUGGCAGGCGAGGGCAACCCUGUGAUCUCUGUGCUUUGGCUCUGCCCCCCCGGUGUUGUUUUUAUCGCUGCUCUGAACCACGGCCACGGCAGCGCCCGCACCUACAGCCGGGGCCCUGCUGCCAGAAGCUUCACUCAGGAUGGGUGGAGCCGUGAGUGCCGGCGAGGACAACGACGACCUGAUUGACAACCUGAAGGAGGCCUACUACAUCCGCUCGGACCUGGUGGAGCGGGCCUUUCGAGCCAUCGACAGGGCUGACUACUACCUGGACGAAUACCGGGACAACGCCUACAAGGACUUGGCGUGGCGGCACGGGAACAUCCACCUGUCCGCUCCAUGUAUCUACUCGGAGGUGAUGGAGGCUCUGGACCUCCACCCUGGCCUCUCCUUCCUCAACCUUGGCAGUGGGACCGGCUACCUCAGCACCAUGGUCGGCCUCAUACUAGGACCAUUUGGAGUCAACCAUGGCAUAGAGUUACACGCAGAUGUGAUCCAGUACGCCUACCAGAAGCUCGACUCCUUCAUCAAAACCAGCGACAGCUUUGACAAGUUUGAGUUCUGUGAGCCAUCCUUUGUUGUGGGUAACUGCCUGGAGAUUCCUCCAGAGAGCCGUCAGUAUGACAGGGUGUACUGUGGGGCUGGGGUGCAGAAGGAGCACGAGGAUUACAUGAAGAACCUGCUCAAGGUGGGGGGCAUCCUGGUGAUGCCUCUUGAGGAAAAGUUGACCAAGAUCACCCGCACCGGGCCGAACAGUUGGGAGACCAAAAAGAUCAUCUCUGUGUCCUUUGCUCCUUUGGUGCUUCCUAAACACAGCACGAAUGGCAAACCCAAGACUGUCCCACUGCCCAAGUAUGAGGUGCGGACGUUACAGGAGCUGGCUCGUAUCUGCAUCCGCCACACCCUCAGAGUGACCACGGAUAGAGGAGACAGCCAAUCCCGUGGCCGAGGUUCCUCUUUCAGCGUGGGCAGGGGUCUGGCAGUGGCCGGGCUCCAUAAGUACGGCCCUCGCUUCAAACGCCGACGCGUCCACCGGCGCCACUGCAACGCCCUCGUCCUGGCCACGCAUCAGGGGAUGGCCAGCAGUGGUAUCGGCUCCGGUCGUCUGGACAGCAACAACAACCAGGGAGGGAGAGCGGUGGACGAGGAGGAGGCAGGAGAGAGGGAAGCGAGGCGGCAGAUGAGAGGAAACAGGAGGAUGGGGAGAGGAGCGGUAGGGGUGGUGGAAGAGGAGGAGGCGGUGGAGGAAGAGGAUGAAGAGGAGGAGCAGGAGGAGGAGGAGGAGGAGGAGAAGGAGACCGGGGAGCUGCUCCGACCCCAGCCGGCGGUGAACCUCCUGAGAGAGAGGAUACUGGGCCUGCCGCUGCCGGAGCCUCUGAAGAUGUACCUGCUGUUCUACAGAGAGAAAUGAGCCCGGAGCUGAGAGCAAGCACCCAGCAGGGGCUGAAGCUCGGUUACGACCCCACCACCACCUUUACAAGGCAGGAAAAACAUGCCACCUACCUUACUGACCCCCCCCCCACACACGCUCCACCAUGGUUCUCUUUCCCUCUCUGACCUGUCCUCAUCCUCUCCAUCAUCCAUUCUCUUUCCUACUCCCUCUUUUUUUUGCUCUGCCUCCCACUGUUCUUUACUUGAUUUGUUUCCUGACACUGUAAAGAGUCAGUUCAAUCGGUCCAGUGGAGGGGGGAGGGAGAGUUACGCUACUCUGGGAAUAGAAACAGUUCACGCCAAUGUUUCAAACAACCAAACAGCCGCUGAUGUAAACUUUGUCUCUCCUUUGAGGUGCAAAGAAAUCGAUUUUUGUUACAUGAUAGGUACACCGUUUGUUAAUUUGCUCCGCAGCUCUGUAUAACUAAUCUCCAAAUCAAGCAUUGGCUUAAAACAGCUAAACAGCCCACAGUUGCCUGAGUAUCCAGUUUAUAAAAGGCAACUUAGGAGGAGCUACAUCAUUAUUUAGUCCAAAGUAGUGGACUAGAUAUUGCAACAGAGUUCAAACCCUGUAGCAACGAACAGAGAGAGUAGCUUCCCCAGAGACCAGAAGGCACGGGCUUUUACCAGCUCUGUACUCUCCACUAAUUACAGCUGCGCCCCCUAGUUAGGGAGUUUAUGUUGAUUGUACAAGCCAAGCGGAGGCUGGUUUGUCCACAUAAGGUGGUGCGUGUAAUAUCACAUAAUGAGGCUGGCCUAAUUUUUGAAAGGGAAGACUUGGGUUCACUCAGGCUCAACUUUGUGAGUGAUGAAAAUGUGCUUUUAAAGAUUCAAUGAUGUGAGAAGUAUAUUUUCUAUUUUGCUAUAUCAUACCUAAUGAUAUUGUAGCUACAGCUAGUGACCAAGCUGGUGUUGCAGUUGUGACUAUUUCCACUGAUUUCCAAACAAACGGGGAGCUUUGCCUUGAGCCCUCAGCCCCUUAGAUAAUUCACGUUGAGUGAUCUGCUUUUCUAAGGCCAAGGGUUGGCCAUUGUUUCAAGCAGUUUGGGAGACUAGUUGAUUUAAUAGAAGCUUGAGUUUUCCCUUUUUCUAUGCAUAUGUUUCAUUGUAUGAGUUUCAGUCUGUCUUUCGUCUCCUGACUUUGUUGUACGGAGAUGAAACUGAUCUAUAUCCUUACAUGUAUCCAAAGGACAGUCUCACUGUUUUUCUCUACAUCCCACUGUGGUCUCUUAACCAAAAGAGAAUGUCCAUAAAAGAUGGCAUACUUACUAAUAUUCCAAUUUACAUAAAUAAACCAGCAUGUUUAAAAAAACAUAACUGUUUUUUACGAUUGACAGUGUGCAGGUUUUCUCUCACCGUACUCUCACGUUUUUUUUUCUCGUAGUAUCUUGAUUUUUGGAAUUUUAUGAGACUUGAAGUGGUGUGUACAUAUGAAAGUGUUGUAUCUUUUGUUUUGUGAAUCAUAACAACAUGAAGAUACUCUGACAAGUAGUAGAAGUAUCUUUUAAUAACUUUUUCUCUGGUAGUUUCUAGUGCAAUGGGGCAUUAUUCCUUUGUACCUUUUGCUUUUGUACCAAAAUUUCUGCUCCCCUCUGUGCCAAACUUAAGUUGCAUGGACUAAAUUCUCGAGGAAACAGCAGAUCAACAGUAAGUCACUCAUGUGAAGAAAAAAAGCUGACAAUUUGUCGGUGUUUUAUCAUUUCAAAAACUGAUCCACUGCUUGUGGUUGUUUAUGUAUUUGUUUUUUAUCAUGUAAGGCCUUAGAAUUCUCCCAUUUGAAAGUUUGUAUCUGAAGAAUGUCUGUGUUGAAUAGCAAAGUGAUCCUCGCACAAGGCAGUACAGAAGCACCCUGUAUCAGUACAGUACAGUUCAUUGGAUAAAUUACGGACGCGACCACAAUAAUGAGGAAUAUCCAACACUGAAUGGGAGGUUUGAGUCCAACAAGCAGGACAUUACUGGGCCAGGAGCCUCUUGUCCCUCCUGAUUCCGGUUGCUCUACCUUUUCUACUGCUGCUGGAUCUACCUUUGAGUACUGUAUGUAGACCAUUCCUUUGUUCAACAUGGGUAUCAUUCAUGUUUGGUUGUUGUGCAGUUGUGAUUCUUUGCUGAAUGUAAAUGAUCAUGGUGGGGUUUUUUUCACACUUAACAUGAAGUUUUGGUGAGAAUGACUUGUUUUUAAAAUUGAGCUGUAUUAUUGACUGCUGUUAAUAA